AAUGGGACGUCCAGUACCACCAAGACACGCGUAGUUGUCCUCUCCACACAACUGUUGCAUCCAUUUCCAAUGUCCGUGGACGAAGAAUUAUCAGACGUUGAGAAGAUCGUUGAACGUCUGGAUGGUCUAAACUUCGGAACCACGCCGAAAGAUGCCUAUGACACGGUUUUAAAGCUUAUUGAGGAGGAAAAGUACAAAGAAGCACUUUACAGCAUCAACAAGCGUUUUGGACCACAGGAUGCGUUGUAUGAGCGUGCGUAUUGUUGUUAUCAACUAGGAAAAGAUUUCUCUUUCAUUGAAGAUCAAGAUUUUCUCGAUCAUUUACGCGCUCAAAAGUCUUAUAAGGAGUCUGAUUUUACGAAAACUCUUCAGAUUUAUGAUGAUAUGAUUCGUCGGUUACCAAGCCAAGUUUCUGAUAUUGCUGUGAACAUGCUGGCUGCUGCUUCACAAGUUGAUUGCUGGAAGCUCCCGUUUGAGACAAACGAAGAGGAUCACGAUUUUAUGUACAAUGUAGCUACUCGAUACUUAAACCUUCGUCAAUGGGAUAACGCUAUCGAGCUUUUGCAAGCAAACAUCGACCGCUUAAAGGAAUUGGGUCAAGACAACAAAGCAAGUAUAUAUCCUUUCCUUCUUCAGCUUAUGUAUGCCUUUUUGCAGAAGGGUGAAACCGAAAAAGCUCUUCAGACUGCUAAAGAGAUCGAAGAUGAAAGCGUUUUAAGUACUGUUGAAAAAGUCUUGUUUGCAAACAAUUUGAUCAGUAUUGACAUUGGAAACCCUUACCUUUCCUACAAGAAUAUGCACAAAAAUUCGGUUACCAAGUGUUUCUCCUCCUUGCUUGCGAGCCAGAGUGUGCAGCUUACAAGAAACCUAGCCUUGCUGGACAUGGCUGUAAACAAGCAUCGUGCUGUGCGCUCUACCUCAAAAAAGAAUAUCGCCGACAGUGCUUUUUUCGAAACGUUAUUGCACAAGUUUAGUCUUCGUUACACGGAUCCAAAAAAGAUCAUCGACACCCUCAUACGGUCGUCCAUGCAGCAUCCUACGGAUAUUGGUCUUACUCUUAUACUUGUGCAACACUACAUUUCUUUUGAAAAUUAUAAGCGAGCAUAUGCUGUGUUACGACGCCUGUUCUCCGCACUUGAAGCUGCUAAUUCUCUCGAUAAGCGUUACGCCCCGGGUCUCGUCGGACUUGGUGAUGCGUUGGAAGCACGCAUUCACCGAAACAAUCCCCACUACACGCAUUUGCAUGCUGCCGCUCGCUACUGGGCUUCUCAACCCAAUUGCGAAGCCAAGUUACUUUUAUGUCCUCGUGAGCUUUUGGUCUGUGUAGACGAGAAGGCUUCACCUGAAGUCAUUCAACAGGGUUUGCUUACUCUGAAUGAUCUCAUUGCUUGGCGGGGACCAGCAAGUGAGCUGGUAGCAUGUCAAUUGGCUGCUCAGAGCCACUUGCGGAUGUCAGUAGCUCCAUCCUUACAGCAGCACUUGCUUCCCAUAAAAGACCUCCUUUCUGGUACGGAUAUCGAUGCCAUUGAAAACAAGGGUGUUCCUGUUGCAGGCAUUAAGCGUGCUGCUGUGAAUGUUGUUGCGUCAACCAAUACAGAAGCCAAGAAGAUUCGCAAGCGCAAAAAGCCCGUUCCCAAAAACUUCAAGCCCAACGCUAAGCCAGAUCCGGAAAGAUGGAUUCCUAAGAAGGACCGGCGUAACGUAAAGCUGAAGACCAAAAGUCGAAACACGCAAGGAAGUGUUGCCUACUAAAUGAUCAUUCUCUGAACAGUCAAAAAAAUCGUGGUUCCGUCGUUGAAGAGCUGAGGGUACUGAGAAGUUCUCCUUUUAAAUUGCACUCUUCAUAUUCUCCGUUCCACGUUGUUUCACUUUACAAGAUACUUGAACAUCUUUGAGCUCUGCAUAACUUUUUACUUAACACACACCCUCCUACGUCCCUUUUCCCAACAUUUCCCCCAUUCUUGUCCAAAGUUAACCCAAAAAAAAACAUGUUUCCCUAUAGCACAAGUACUCAACGCACUCUUGGUCCUUUUUUGUUCUGUUCUUAAAACAGCGUGUCCUCGUCACGAAGAUACUCGCCCACAUCGGCCUGGUGGAAAGCGACAAUGGCGGUAGGCUCUAAACGUCUCAAUUCCACUGUAGAACGAGCUGUGACACCGAAUCCCAAGGGAGUGUCAUUCAUCGAGUAAAUGACUACACCUUGAUGUUGAGGAGUAUCAUCGGUAAUACGACCAACGUGUGCUUUGACAAUGUUGUUUCCGUAGAGGAAAGGCAUUUCACCGUUGGGCUUAACCCAAAUUUUGUAACGAGCGUACUGGGCGAUGUAGUCCAACGACGUGAUGUGAAGACGGAACUUGCCGGUCUUCGUAAACUUUCCAAAGCAGACACCCAACGACAUCAAGCUCUGACGAGCAACGGUGGUCGCGAGUUUCAUAAUUUUUUCACUGAAACGAAUUUGUCAGUCACGAACUUCUUCUAACCAAGCUGGAGCAAUCCACGUACCUGACAUAAUACACACGGUCUUUCUGUAACCGGAAGCAAUGAGGAUCAUCGGGACGGUCAAUUAAGUGGGUGAUAUUUUUUCCGAUACUGUUAACAGAAGGUUAGUCGCAAGAAAACUCGGCAUUCUAAAAAUCUAGUCUCCACGUACUACUGGGCGAGCUUCUCAAAGAAGGUCUUGGUUUCCUCGUGAGUCAAAGGACGCAUUUUUUUGAGUACGAAAAGG